CGUAAUAAAUUUUUGGACCAACAAACUUCACAUUCAAAUUAAAUAACUCAUAUUCAAAUCUUGUGGUUUUUAAAAAAGCGAAAAUGUGCUCUCUCUCUUCCCUCUCUCUAACGGAAAUAUUCCCUGAACCUUCCAACGGUUCCUUUUCCGUCCCCGCUGCUGGGACUUUUCCAGCUCUGUCCAAGAGCAACCAAAAGAUCGAAGUUAAUGGCCAGCAAGUAGAGAAUCCUCGUAUUAAUGGCCUGCAAGUAGAGGGAAUAGACAGUAGAGCAGCAGUAGUAAAGAGCCAAAAGGAGACUAGACAACACAAGGGGAGCUCUGUAAUAACUACAAGGAAGGAGGGGAUCUGGAAGCCACCAGACUGGGGAUUGCCUCUUCAAUGUCAGAACAAGCAAUGGAGAAGGGGGGUACGAAUGAACAGGGAAAUGGGGAGACUGCAGGCUGUUCUCAACAAGCCCUAUUUGGGGCAGAGUGGAGAAUUACUUCAGCCAAGAGCCAGAGUUGAGAAAGAAGAAAAGCACAGCAGGGGAAGAUCUACUCGACAGAGGCCCAAUGAAGAUUUGGAAAAGAAAGCUAACCACCAAGUCCCAGGGGGAGUUAUUGCUACCUCAAGGAGAGGCAGGGCUUUUAAGAAGGAGGAGGGAAGCAGGAAGGAAAGCACAACACCUUACCUUGCAAGAAGAAGAAGAAGCCUAUUCCUCCUCUUACAGUCUCUGCUCACGAACAAAAAACCCCCAAAAUCCUGCCUCCACAGAAAACAGAGCAAGAGAAGCAAGAUGGAAAUCAAUGAACUGACUGAGAGGGCGGGCCGACUGAGCACCGAACGCAGCAAUCCAUCUUCUUCAGGAGGCAAAGGUGCUCGCCCACAACUGAGUACCAUCAGCGGCAGGGGUAUCUCAAUGCUUCUUGGGAAAAUGCUCACCGAGAACAAGGUGGCAUUGGCGAAAGCUUCAGGAGCAGCCAGAUAUGCCUGGGGGAAGUAUGAAGAAGUGGGAGUCCAACCAACCCAAGCACAGAACCUAUUCAUUUUUACCUUUAAAGAUGCCAAGACUAGGGAGAAAAUCUGGCUUGAGAGACCAUGGAGUCUCUCUAACACAAUGACGGCCCUGACAAAGUACGAAGGCAGAGGAGAUCCGGAGGCAGUUCCCAUGAACAAGCUUGCUGUCUGGGUACAGAUUCAUGGUCUUCACCAAAGCCAGAGAUGCGAGCAGAAUAUCAUCUCAAUCGGGACCUUCUACUUCAGCAAGUUCAUCGAUAUGGACAGAGCCAGCCUUCACUUCAAUGGAUACAGAAGGUUCAUUCGGAUGCUGGUCGAGAUUGAGGUUAGUGAACCAGUCCCAACGGGCUUCGAUUUUCCCUUCACGGAUGAAGCAACUGGAAGAGAGUAUUGUGAAGACAUAACUUUCAAAUAUGAGAGACUUGUCGAAUUAUGCUAUUUCUGUGGGAGAAUCGGUCACAACUGGCCGACAUGUUCAAGAAUGAAAGAAGAAAGGAGGAAGGGAGGCCACGUCCAACUCUCUGAUAUCUACACAGCUGAGCUGAAGGCUGGAAUUGAGUCCCCCUACAGAUCGAGUGGGAGCAAAAAUCGUAUUAUAGAGGAAGAGCAAUGGAGUCCAGCCACAGACCCUGAAGCCUGGAGGGAGAAUUACAGCUCGGGGGGCUUCAAUGAGGGCAGAGAUUUGUUGGGGACAGCAGAGUUCUCGUCGGCUAGGAGGGAGGAAGAAAUUCACCCAAAAAUCCCACCGGGCUUCACUGUUCGCCGGUUAGAGGCGGAAGCCAGAGCAGAAGAGGGGAGCAGUAGGGUGAGGGGGAAGGGGAAAUACAGGGAGGGAAUGGGGGCAAGGGACCUGGCUGUUGAUCUGGAGGUUGCAGCAGCGGAGCUUCAGGGGAGACUUUGUCUCGAGGAAGAAGAAGAGUCGCAUAGGCAGACAGGGGGGAGGGCCGAAGCAGCGGAUCUCUAGGGCAUGGGCGCUCAGCUAUCACUUGGGCCGGAGCCCAGGUUCUUCAACACACAGGCCCAAAACAUUUACCAGCAUAUCCAAGGGGAGAUGGAAGGAGAGAUGGGCCGGAAAAUUAAGAAAAGAAAGGGCCUCUCUAUCCUAAGCCCAGAAACGAGCCAGGAGGCAAAUGUUGGGCCUGGUUUUACUUUUAGCCCAUCUAACUCUAUUUUUGCAGGAGGAUUGAAAGGAAGAAGUAAAAAAAAGAAGCACCAAAAGAACAAAGCCCAAUCGACAAGUGAAGGCUUAGGGGAUGGAGAAGAAAGUGACACAAGGGCAGCGGUGGUUCGCCAAAAGCCACCUCACGGUCCAAGAGUAUUGUGAGUUGGAACUGUAGGGGAUUUGGCCAAUCCCUUACAAAAAGUUAUGCUAAACGUCUUAUUCGACGUCAUGGCCCUUCUAUUGUCUUCCUAAUGGAAACUAGCAAAAACGAAGAAUACAUGGAAGAACAUAGGAGAAGUCUUAGAGUUUUCCCCAAUAAGGAGUAUGUUGAACC